AUGAAAGAUGCAGGAUCAACAGCCUACACUGCCAUUAUCGUAGGUUCGUGUUUACUUGUAGCAAACGUGGGGAAUUCCAUAGUUGUUAUUUGUAGAGGUGGUAAGGCGUAUGCUGUUUCUAGAGAUCAUAAACCGGAUCAAAGCGAUGAGAGAAGAAGGAUUGAAGAUGCGGGUGGUUUUGUUAUGUGGGUUGGGACUUGGAGAGUUGGUGGUGUUCUUGCGGUUUCACCUGCUUUUGGUGAUAGGUUAUUGAAACAGUAUGUGGUUGUUGAUCCGGAAAUUGAAGAAGAAAAGAUUGAUGGGUCGCUUGAGUUUCUUAUGCUUGCUAGUGAUGGACUUUGGGAUGUUGUCACUAAUGACGAAGCUUGUUGCCAUGAUUAA